CUGUCUCCGCCCAGCCGCCCGCCCCAGGGGGACUCGCUGCCGGCCCGGGCCUAGACCGCGCGCUAGACCGGGGUUUUGCGCACUGGCUGCGGACCGAGCGCCGGGCUAGGGAGACCAGCGGCUGGCGCUGGGCCGCAUGGAGUUGCUGGCGCUGCACACGCGGCGGCGGCGCGGGGCGCUGCUCCCGCAGGAGCCGGGAGAACCGGAGCGCAAACGAGUAUGCAAGAGUUUAGAGACCGUUCCAAAUGAGAGUGAUUUUUGCCACCAAUUAAAUGAAUGUGCUAUGGAUUACUGGACUAUGGAGCUGGAUUCUAAACAGAAAGGUACCACAGAACAAUUUAUUCCUCAGACUCCUAAGGAAAAGCCAAAUUCAAUGAUUUUUCAAAAUCAUGGAAGCAAAGGUACUGCCCAGCCUUGCCCAAGAUGUAUUGCAGGAGAAUCUGGACACUUCAAUCAUAUUAUGGGCUUCUAGAAGAAGAGAGCCUGCAAAGCAGCAAUGUUCAGUUUCUGUUUUUAAAACAUAAGAACAUGCAUGUGUAAACGCCGUACAGCUGGAUUUCUGUACACACCCAUUCAAUUAAUGUGGAUCUAGAUUUGUUAUACAUAAUGUAAGAUUUUGUGCAUUAUGUUGUAUUUUUAAUACAAAAAUCCAUAUUC